AUGCCAUCCGUUUAUAUCGUUGGUGCCACACGUACACCCGUUGCAAAGAUCAAUGGGCAACUUUCCUCAUGUUCGGUCAUCGAACUAGGGGGUUUUGCGGUCGAGGCAGCUGUGAAAAGAUCAAAAGUUCCCGUAGAAUUGAUCGACCAUGUAUACAUGGGACAUGCUCUGCAGGCAGGCACUGGCCAGUCACCAGCCAAACAGGUCGCCAUUCAGGCCGGGCUACCUGCGACGGUGGAGGCUACCACCAUCAACAAAGUCUGUGCCUCGGGACUAAAGGCCGUCUCUCUGGCGGCACAAGAGAUCAUGCUCGGGCACUCUUGCUGUCAAGUGGCAGGUGGUAUGGAAAGUAUGUCAAAUGUGCCACUGUACACUCGGAAAGGAAAGAGGGGAUCCGAGUCGACAAAUGGCGAUCAAUCAUUUGAUGGCCUAAAGGAUGGGCUAGAAAGCCCGUUUGAUGGAUGCUUGAUGGGUAAAUAUGCCGAUCAGCUCGCAAGGCGGUACCACAUAUCUCGCGAAGAUAUGGAUGAAUAUUCCCUAUUAGCAUAUGAACGAGCGGCUAAAGCUCAUUCAAACGGGACUUUUAAUGAUGAAAUUAUUCCAGUACAGGCUGCUGGAGCACUGUCGGUGCAGGUUUCUACCGAUAUUAUGCAGAAUGAGAAAUCAUUUCAUAUUUUGUCUACACUGCCUCCUGCUUUCUCAGCUACUGGCUCAAUCACCUCCGGAAGCUCAUCUUUUCUUGCCGAUGGCGCGUCUGCUGUGGUGCUUGUGAACGGCGACACAGCGCGAAAAUAUUGCGAAGACAAAAGCUUGCUUGCAGAAAUUCUUAGCUUCGCCGACGCCUCGCUACCACCGCCAGAUUUUGCAGUGGCACCAUCAAAGGCAAUCAAGAUAGCACUUGAGAGAGCUCGGUUGACAGUCGACCAAGUUUCACUGUGGGAAAUUAACGAGGCAUUUGCAGUUGUUGUGCAGGUCAAUCAAGAGAUCCUCGAGCUUGAUCUGCAGAAAGUUAAUAUCAAUGGUGGAGCGAUUGCGCUCGGUCAUCCACUUGGCAACUCAGGUUGUAGAAUCCUCGUGAGCCUGGUGCAUCAGCUCAAGCCAGGGCAGCUUGGGGUGGCAGCCAUUUGCAAUGGUGGAGGAGGAGCAACUGCCGUGGUAGUAAAGAGACUUGAAGUGUCGGCCCUGACAGACCCAGUAGAAUAA